AAGAGGAGAGAGAGAGAGGGACAGAGAGAGCAGAGAGAAUACUCGGUUGUGAUGUCCAAAUGGGCGGGAGAGGAUGUGUUCAAUGCCAUCUUCAAGGCUAUCCAUGCUACCAAGCCGCCUGUGGCACCGAGUCACAUUGAAAAAAUCACCAAGCUGGCACUCCAGCACUACAAGACGCGGUACAAGUUUGUGGCGCACUACAUUCUCAAGUUUGUGUUCAAGUCCAAGCCGGUGUACCGGCUCUCCGGUCUGUACAUGAUUGACGCGGUGGUUAAGGCCUCCAUCAAGGCCAACGGGUCCAAGGAGGGCUACGGCCCGCGGUUUGCCGCCCAGCUGCCCAAGGCUAUUUCGGCAGCGUGGGAGUGCGAGCCUGUCCGCGCCAAGAUCGAGCGCCUGGUCAAUGUGUGGGCCGAGAGCAAGAUGUUCUCGUCGCGCGUUCUUGCCGGCAUCAAGGUGUGGAUGGCGCGGAAGCUAGGCAAGGAGGUUGAACCUGAGGUUGCGGCUGUGGCCGAGGGGAGCAGAUCCCGCUCGUCGGCGGCUCAUCCAGCUACGAGCUCGUUGUCGGCGGCCGCGGCCGCGAGCUCGUCGUCGUCGGCUGCAGCUGCAGCUGCAGGCUCGUCGGCUACGGCUGCGGGAUCGUCGUCGGCGCUUGCCGAGCUGCAGGCAACGCUCGCCAAGCUCAAGGCGCAGCAGGCGGUGGCACCGCCGUCACCGGCCGCGGCGCCGCUGGCGUCUAACUCGUUGGCGGCGCAGGCCGGCCUCACCGGCCUCUUUGCCAACUUGCAGCAGUUGCGCGCCGGCGGCAAGCCGGCGACGCCGUCGGUGCCGUCGGCCGACCUGCCGCCGGCUGGCCCAGACCCGCUCGAGGGCUUCAACUACGACUCGGACGAGGACAUGGACGAUGAGCAGCGGCUCCGCAUCCAGCGUCAGAAGCGGCUGCAGCAGGAGCGGGCCUACCGGCGAGGCGGCGGCUGA